AUGGCUUCCGUACACCACAGCCGCAAGCCCUCCAGUCGAACAGCCCUGCCUCGAAGAACUACCAAAGGCCCACUCGAUGCACCAACAGGACCCUUGCCUACUGUAUCUGCGACGUCUGUGGCCUCUGCGCAAAACCACUCAGUACCAUUGUCGCCGAGUGCAGAAGUCAGCGAGCCGGUAGGAGCGUCUGGAACAGCCACCGAACCACUACCAGCUUCGAGUGUCCAGCAGCCGGGGUCGCCGACUGAAGACUUAGCUCCAGCAGAAGAAAGGGACCUCUCCUUCCUCCUCGAUGCUUCAAUUUACCAUGCUCUCUCUCAGCUUGAAGUCCCCGGCCCUUUUCGAAAACCGUUCCUCCCGCCCCCGAACGCGGAAACGCCCCUCAAAACUUGCAUGCAACAGUUAGAUUCACUCCUCUCUCAAUGCGAUUUUCUACGAGCCGCCCAGUUGGCAGGCUCCAUCUUGGUCUCCGGUACCGUGCGGCCCAUGGACUCAAAAUCCAUCUUUCGCCUGCUGGAGAUUAGGUACUCUUGUCUCGAACUUUCGGGGAAUUUGCUGCUUGCUGCACAGGAGGCGAAGGCGUUGGAGGAUCUGAGUUCCGGGUUCUACUAUGAUGAGCCAAACUCGGAGAGAGGAAGCGCAGAUGAUGACUUGGCAGGUGGCCAGAAAGUGCCGACCCACAUAAUGCCCUUUUCUCUGCGCUUGCAAGCGCUGAGACUGCAGAGCAUCGGCUUCUCGGAUCCAAGAAGGGGAGUGUCUACGCUUUACGAUGUUGCGCUGGAGUGCAGAGAACAUUUAUCCGCUACGCGUACAUCAUCCGAGCAGAGAGAGCUCUGGACUGAACGGCUCGGUGAAGUUUCCGUUCGGGUUGUGAACGCUUUGAUUGAGAUGGGAGAUGUUGAUUGCGCUGCGAGAACCCUUGCAGGUAUGAGACCCGCGACUGAUGAUCAUCUGGCUCUCUGGACAUCCAGGAUGAGCCUGUUGAGAAUCAAGAUGGGCGAUAUAGCAGGAGCUAAGAGAUUGAUUGAAUCGGGAAACCUAGAUUCGCAGGACAAGCUUGUACUUGGCUCUCUUCUUCAUAUCGCUGAAGGCCGAUAUGACGAUGCUAUGAAGGGUCUGUCCGAAAAUGGAGCGAGUGCUGAUUCAGACUUGGCUGCGCUCGUGAAACAGAACCUCGCCGUCGCAUAUCUAUAUCGGGGAGAGAUUCAGAAGUCCAGGCAGAUCCUGGAAAAAUUGGUCAAUGACGGACAUUCUUUCCAGACACUGACCAUCAACCUCGCUACUAUCUAUGAUCUGACUUCGGAUCGAUCGCGCGAAUUGAAGGCCUCAAUGGUCUCACAUAUUGCUGGUCGUCAGAGAGACCCUGCGCAUGUACGCACAUUUGUGAAUGCCGACUUCAAGCUAUGA